AUGUCUACCAAACGUCCCGAGAAUUCCAUCGCUCAGUAUGAGUCUGGAAAGUCUAACGUGGGGGUGCUUGACCCCAAUCGCGAUCGCACCAUCGACUUCGUAUCUCAGGCACCCAAAGACAAGCAACUGUUCACUUAUACACUCGAUGAGGGGACUCUGUCAACUCCGAGCUACGUAGGGGACGCAAUGGAGCGUACCUUUGCAGCAAUACUUGUCCACGGAGAUCAGGAUGAUGGAGUUAUUCAGGACCAUCACAUCAAUGACGAUUUCGUGUGGGGAACUGGGAGCCUAGCAACCCUAAAAGUUUCGCCACGGAAAACCGCAGGGUUCACAGCUAUUUACGGGAUGGGAAGUGUCCGGCUUUACAUCCAAAACAGUUCUGGUGAGCUACAGGAGCUAAUCAUGGAUGGAGCAACCAAAAAGUGGCAGCAACCUAGGACAUUAGAGGGCACGAAGGCAAUGGAAGGAGAGGCUAUCAGUGCAGUAGGAACGGAGAACGAGGUAGCAGUGUUCUACGCGAAUGAAGACAAAAGUGUUCACCAGGUUGUGUAUAGAAAUGGUGCCUGGAAUGAUACGGAAGUCCCAGCAACGAAAGAGACGACUACUGCUCCAAUUCUGGUGACUGCAUAUUCGCCCAGCCCCGGAAACUACACGCUCCAAUAUACAAACGACAUUGACGAGGUCUACGAAGUCGAAAAUGGCAGGAAGACACAGAUCGGGAAGAUCACGAAGGAUGAUCAGUACCAGCCGAAGACCACGGCACAGCACGGAGGUGGAAAUCCGGUAUAA